UGAAUUUUACAGAUCUUAUCUAUUCAAUUUGUAUCUGUGGUUUUGACAAUUGAUUGUAGGUAUGUCUACCUCAACAAGAAGACGUAAUUAUCGUAUACAACCUCAACCUCCCACUCAACCUCCACCUCAAGAUCAACCCCCUCAACCACCCCCUCCACUUCAACCCCAACAUCAACAACCUCAACCUCUCACUCAACCUCCACCUCGAGAUCAAUCCCCUCAACUUCAACCCCAACAUCAACAACCUCAAUCUCCCCCUCAACUUCAUCAUUUACAAGUGCGAGACUUAAUCCCAAACGAAGUGGGAUUUAAGGUGCUAGCAAAUUGGAAUGUUGAAAGGCAGGCAGUGGGAGAGUCAGUUGGAUUAUUAGCAGGCUAUUUGGGCUUUCUUGCGAGUAAUGAUGAUUUAUUUCCUAUCAUGUAUCCAAAAUGGCCUAAAGUUACUACAACAAAGAAAGAUUUGGUUUAUGAGAAAAACAUAGAGGAAGAGUUACAAAAAGAAAUUCGUGCAUCGAAUUCGGUGAAUCAAUCUUUUGUGAAAGUGUUUGGGAAAGAGCAUAAUGGGUAUAUUCGAGGAGUAGGACUUGGUGUAACACUAUCUCAGAUUUUUGGACAUAGUUCUCGUCAUUCAACAUCAGUUGCGGAUGCACAAAUAGGCAAGAUGCAAAGAGAAAUUGAUGCGCUAACUACACAAGUUGCUGAAGUUGAAGCGCUAAAAACAAAAGUUGCUGAAUUUGAUAAGUUGAAAGAACAAUUUGCUUUUAUUAUGGCUAAUAUGAAAGGAAACCAUGCAAGACAAUCUCCCUAUGAAUUUAUUAUAUAA